CUAGGCCAUUAACAAGAUCCCUGGGACCUACUCUGAGCACGUGGCUCUCCAGGGACAUCACUUGCAAGCACUCUAUUUUGGGCAUGUUCUCAGAGUUGAAGUUCCCUGUGCCCUGGGGCCAUGUGGCAGCCAAGGCCUGGGGACCCUUGGAGGGACACCCUGUGCUGUGCUUGCAUGGCUGGUUGGACAACGCCAACACUUUUGACAAGCUCAUCCCACUUCUCCCCAGAGAGUGCUAUUAUGUGGCAAUGGAUUUUUCUGGCCAUGGUUUAUCGUCCCACCGACCUGCAGGCUCCCCCUACCACUUUCUGGACUAUGUGAGCGAUGUGCGGCGGGUGGCAGCAGCCUUGCAGUGGAGACGGUUCACUCUGAUGGGUCACAGUAUGGGUGGGUCUGUGGCAGGAAUGUUCAGUUUCCUCUAUCCUGAGAUGGUGGACAAGCUGAUCCUGCUGGAAAAUCUUGGCUUUCUGCUAGCUCCAGAGGACACGGAGGCGUGGCUGAAAUCAAAACGGAUGGUGAUUGACAGGUUACUGAGUCUAGAGGCAAAGCAGCAAACUCCCAAAGCACGGAGUCCCGAAGCAGCGUUGCAGAGGCUCUUAGAAGCAAACAGACAUCUGACAGCAGAGGGUGGGGCAAUCCUACUGCAGCGAGGAGCAACUGAGACACCCGCUGGGCUGGUGUAUAACAGAGACAUGAGAGUCCGUACGCAGGAUCGAGAGUCCCUCACGGUCGAACAGUGUGUGAAGCUCCUGCAGAAGAUCCAGGACCGCGUUCUCAUCGUUGUAGCACAAGAUGGACUCUUGGUACCACACAAGCUAAACAACAGAAAUCGCUUUGUGAAAGCCCUACGGGAGGCAUUUGAGUCUACCCUCAAAGAGCACAUCCAGCUAGUAGAGGUGCCUGGGAGCCAUUUCGUACACCUGAAUGAGCCUGAGGUGGUCUCUGGGAUCAUCAGCAACUUCCUGACAGCACAGACCACCAGAGCCAGGCUCUAGGAAGCCCCCAUCACUGCUGCAACAGGCCAGAACAGGAAGCUAAAACAGGCUGCAGAGGAAUUCCCACCAUUCCCACCAUGCAUCCAACGUCUUCUUUCCCAAGCUGAGCUCACUGCAGGCUGGAAGCAGGUCUG